UGUUGAUGAAUGGAUGGAUAUCAAAACAAGUGGAAGUUUACCGGAUGCCUGGAUCAUCGGAUUCAAUCCGUUUAAUUUAAAGACAAAUGGAUCACUUACAGAGCUCAACCUGAACACCAUUCUCAAAUCGACAGCAUCAACUUCGCUUACCCAAACAUGUCUGAUUGAAAUAACAUCAACCCAUGCGCUGGUGACCUACGGUUGCAAUCUCUACUCACACUCUGCCAUCGUUGAGAGUACCCACGAGACGGAAUUCAACAGUCCUAUAGUGAAACUGUCGGCCAGUACCUGGCACUGUUUGGUGCUGCUGGAAAACGGCGAUCUAUUCAAGUACGACAUCAACCAGCACAGAUCUCGCCGAUUAGAUUUUCUAACCGUUGAAAACCGAGCCGAAUCAACGGAUCCAGAUCGAAUUGUUCACAUCGCGUGCGGGGAUUGUUUGUCGGUUGCUAGCACCAGAGGUGGAGAGGUUUUUACUAUUCCAAACAAAACAUUUACUUUUCCGCGACAUGUACGAAUUGUUAAGUUGGUAGCAGGAUUAGAGCAUUGUUUGCUCCUGACCGGAAAUGGCGAUGUCUACAGCUGGGGUGGUGGAUUGCGCGGCCAGUUAGGAAACGGUGAAAUAAAACCCCAUCAAGAGCAGCCAAAGCUGAUCGAGGCACUGGCUGGACUGAAAAUCGUGGACAUCGCCGCUGGUGGGUGGCAUUCGGGAGCCAUUUCUGCCUUCGGAGAUCUGUUCUGCUGGGGUUGGAACAGCAAAGGCCAGCUUGGUCAGAUUGACGAACAACAGCAAAAAGCAAGUGUGUUUUCUUUACCGCAAUUGGUCGAGAUUAGCGAUGGCGACGGAGAAGAUGUCAGUUUCGAGCAGGUUUACUGUGGAAUGUGUCACACGGUGGCGAUCGAUUCGAAAGGGUUGCUCUAUUUUGCUGGCAGUAAUCUUAGCACCCGUUUGGAUUUUACGAAAAUACAAAGAUGUCCUAAAUUAGGUGGAUUUGAACGAUUCGAAAACGGCUUGGACCGGGAAAAGAAAUUCAAAUUGAAAUGUGGGGCGAAUUCAAUUAUUUUGGUACAAGAGAGUUGAAUUCAUUUCGCCAAGAAAAGAUCUAGCGCGGAUUGCGCUAGCGACCGCCAGAUGGCUCUGCUGUACAAUCGACUUGUUUCCAGUAAUAAAUUCCUUGAUUUGAAA